AUGUCUUCCGACAGCACUUCUACAAGGCGGUUGAAGACUGCCGAAGACACCGUCGGACAUCCUGAAGAAGGCUUCGAGUAUGAUGAACAGCAUCAGCAUGUCCCGGCGAAAUAUCUCGGGACUUCUCGAGAUCGAGAUGAUAUGUGCCAGCUGGGGAAGACACAGGUCUUGCGCAGAAAUUUCCGCUUUGUCUCUAUUCUCGGAUUCGCAUGCACACUGAUUGCUACCUGGGAGGUGGUGUUGAGUCUUCUCGGAUUUGCCUUGCUCGAUGGAGGAACUGCCGGCCUCAUCUGGGGAUUUCUUGCUGUCUCAUGCGGAUUCACUCUAGUAUUUGCAAGUCUUGCAGAGAUCGCUUCCAUGUCCCCGACAGCCGGAGGCCAGUAUCACUGGGUUUCCGAGUUCGCCCCACCGAGCUGCCAAAAAUACCUUAGCUACCUCACUGGCUGGCUCUGCUCGACUGGAUGGCAAUGCGCCAUCGUUACAAUCGCAUUCUUAGCCGGAACCAUCAUCCAGGGUCUCCUGAUAUUAAACCUUCCGGAGUACAACCCCCAACGCUGGCAUGGCACCAUGCUAGUUAUUGCUAUCUCGGCUUUUUCCAUCAUAUUCAACACUUUCCUCGCAAAAAAGCUUCCCCUGGUCGAGGCUUUACUUCUUCUCCUUCACGUCAUUGGAAUAAUUGCAGUUAUCGUGCCACUUGUGGUGCUUUCUCCCCGCAGCAGUGCCGAGACCGUCUUCACUGAAUUUAAUAACGGCGGGGGAUGGAGCACCGCAGGGGUUGCAGUCAUGGUUGGGCUCCCUCCAGCCAUUGCAUCGAUGAUAGGCUACGACUGUGCAGUCCACAUGGCCGAAGAAAUCAAAGAUGCUUCAAAGACGCUGCCCCAGGCCAUGAUGAGUGCAGUGGGUGUCAACUUUGUUCUAGGCCUGGCUGUCAUUCUCACUAUAUGCUUUACUGUGGGGGAUAUUCAAGCUGUCCUUGCCAGUCCCACCGGAUUCCCGUUUAUUCAAAUCUUCUUCAAUGCCACCCAGAGCCAUGCAGCCACCAAUGCCAUGACGUCGAUCGUCGUGAUUACACUCGUUGCAAGCACUAUCACCGAAGUGGCAACUGCAUCCAGACAGACUUGGUCGUUUGCCAGGGAUAGAGGAGUCCCGUUUGCUGACUUUCUCUCCCACGUCAACCCAUCAUGGAACAUUCCUCUACACUCCGUGAUAGUCUCCCUCAUCGUGACUAUCCUGCUCUCGCUCAUCAAUGUUGGCUCAACUACCGCUCUGAAUGCCAUCACCUCUCUCACGGUAGCCUCAUUGAUGAGUGCGUACCUGAUUUCCAUUGGCUGCGUGCUUCUCAAGCGCAUACGCGGUGAACCACUCCCUUCCCGACGCUGGUCUCUUGGCAGAUGGGGAGGAUUCAUCAAUGCCGUGGCAAUGUUGUUUCUCCUCCCGUUGUUUGUAUUCUCUUUCUUCCCGUUGACUAAGCAAGUGGAGGUUACAACCAUGAACUGGAGCUCGCUCAUCUACGUCUCGGUGAUCUUGUUUGCGACUAUCUAUUAUUUCAUCUAUGGCAGGAAGACAUAUGUGCCUCCAAACUCCCUUAUAAGGAGACCAUUCAAGCCCUGA